GGAGAACACUACGGUCUCCUCGUCGUCAGCGACUGUCUUCGCGUCAUCGUCGGACGUUUUUCAGAUGUUCACCAACUCGAGCGAAUUUUCUUCGCUGCUCGAGAACGUGACUGAGACAGAUCGCCCUGGGCAGCUGGAGUCAGCAUGGAGGAGAAGCUGGGCGUGGCGUGUUCAGUGACCCUGGUGGGCGGGCUGGCGCUGGCAGUGCUGGCUAAGCUGGGGCUGGGCAAGGUGGCCACGUUCUUCUCCAACUCCCUCAUCACCGGCUUCACCGUGGGAGCGUCCAUCCACGUGUGCACCAGCCAGGUCCGGACUCUCCUGGGUCUGCGGGUGCCUCGUUACAACGGCUCCUUCAAAGUCAUCCGCACGUGGGUCGCCGUGUUGUCCAACAUCCACCGAACCAACCCCGCAACACUCAUCGUCUCCGUCAUCAGCAUCCUCGCCGUCUACCUCGUCAAAAAGUUCGUCAACGAGCGCUACAAGGCGAGGCUGAAAGUGCCCAUUCCUAUCGAUCUGCUGCUGGUGGUGGGUGCCACAGUAGUCUCGUAUUUCGCCGGCCUGCACGUGAACUACGGAGUAAGCGUGGUCAAGGACGUUCCCACGGGGGUGCCGAUACCACGCAUACCGGAAGUGACGCACGGACUGGAGUUCGUUACCGACGCCGUGGCGAUUAUGGUGGUGUGCUACGCCCAAAGUGUGGCCAUGGCGAAGAUCUUGGCACUGAAAAAUAACUAUAAGGUGGAUGCAGACCAGGAGAUGUUCGCUUGCGGGGUCGUCAACAUUGUGUCUUCCGUGUUUUCUGGGUUCGUGGCCGCCGGCUCCAUGUCCCGCAGCCUGGUACAGGAGGGAGCUGGGGGACGCACUCAAGUCGCCUCCCUCGUCGCCGCAGCGCUGGUGUUCGUGGUCAUCAUGGUCCUCGGCCCUUACCUGUAUCACCUGCCAGGUUGCGUCCUUUCGGCCAUUAUCGUGGUCAGCUUGCGAGCCAUGAUCUUAAAGAUCCUCACUGUCCGAAGCCUUUGGAGAAAAUCGCCUGUGGACGCGGUUGUAUGGUGUGUCACCUGCGUCGCCGUGGUGGUCCUUGAUGUGGACAUUGGGCUCCUGGUUGGGGUCGUUGUCUCCGUGGUUUUGGUCCUCGUCCGCUCUCAGGUGCACAUUGUUGACGUAGUCGAAGAAAUCCGGGUGGGCGUCUCAAGGGUGUGGCGGCCGAAGGGGCAGUACCGCACGCAACAAGACAUGGCAGGAACGAGGGUCGCCAAGAUCAAUGGCCCACUGUUCUUCGCAAACGCGGAGAUGGUGAUUAACUCCAUCUUCGAGAAAACUGGAGUGAACCCCAUCAAUAUGAAGCAAGAAGGCGAACUGGUAGUCGAAGAGAUAGUCGACCAAAAUGGCGGAACCGAGCUCAGCGUCGUGUUCUCGUCACAAUCACGUGAAGACGUAGAGUCGAGGUCAGAGGACACACCCGCUGACGUGGACAAAGUGCAAGAAGUUCAGGCUGACAGGCCUACGCCGGACGAACUUUCCCUUAAGAAAAGCAUGCUGCCCGUCAGAAAACUCAUUCUAGACAUGUCCGGAGUGACUUUCGUAGACGAGAUGGGUGUAGAAGCAUUGAACCUUCUUAUUGCUGAAUACGACUCUGUGGGAAUCGAUGUGUACAUCGCUGCCGUGCCGACAAGAUGCCUGGGGCAGUUGAAAUCAGCCGGGUUUGUGUCGAAGCAUCGAGAUAUUAUCUUCGUCACCACUGAAGCCGUGUUUGAACACCUCUCAUAAAUGCAGCCCACUGCCGCGUUCAGUUUGAAGUGUCCAGAGGUUGUACCUAUGAAGCGAGGGUGAGUCGUGCAAUAAAAAACAAACAA